UAAUAAUAAAAAGACGUCGUCGUCGAGGAGGGACACAAGGACGAGGGCGUUCGAGUCCCCAGAGGCAGAGGAGCGUCAAUUUCUCAGCUUGAAGGUCCUUCGUAACCCCCCUAAUCACAUCAAUUCAUUGCUCUCUCAAUUUCUCUGAUCUCAGAAUGACUCUUAUGUUUUCCAGUCAACAUAUUAUAAAAUCAAGGGACAGCCAGGGGACUUAAGCCAGGGAAUUGAUCUGCUGUUUUCUUGCCAUUGGAAGCUGCUAGAUGGCAGAGAAAGCAUGUGUAAAGCGCCUUCAGAAGGAAUAUAGAGCCCUUUGUAAAGAACCUGUUUCCCAUGUCACUUCCCGGCCUUCCCCAAGUGAUAUUCUUGAGUGGCAUUAUGUACUAGAGGGAAGUGAAGGAACACCUUUUGCAGGUGGAUAUUAUUAUGGGAAGAUCAAGUUUCCUCCAGAAUAUCCAUUUAAACCUCCAGGAAUCAGUAUGACUACUCCAAAUGGACGAUUUAUGACACAAAAGAAGAUCUGCCUGUCUAUGAGUGAUUUUCAUCCAGAAAGUUGGAAUCCGAUGUGGUCUGUAUCAAGCAUACUUACUGGCCUUCUCUCAUUCAUGAUGGAUACCAGUCCCACGACUGGCAGUGUUACAACUACUGUUGCUGAAAAGCAGCGACUAGCAAAGUCUAGUCUUGCUUUCAAUUGUAAGAACCCAACAUUCAGGAAAAUGUUCCCCGAGUAUGUGGAGAAGUAUGAACAGCAACAACUUUCCGAACUGCCUGUUCCAGAGCAAAUCUCACCGACCCCUACUCAGCAAGAAGGUCACAGACCUUUACUGGACAAAACUGGUAAUUCCACACAAGAGGACCUGAAUAAAGUAGAAGCCCUGAGGGACCCCAGAAACCGCAGGAAGCAAUCUUUCCCAACUUGGAUGCUGCUGUUACUGGUUUCCAUCUUUGGUGUCGUAAUGGCUCUGCCGCUGCUUCAACUUUGAUGUCCGUGACCAAAAGGACGGAAAAGCCUUUAUGUUAAGUGUUUUAAUGUUCUUAGGUUUGUCAUGGUGUCUAACAGAACUUGUAUAGGGUUGGUGCAAAUGGAGGAGAGAGGAGUAAGCAGACUUUUUGGCAGGGAGUGGUACUCUUUUUUCUAUUUUACUGCUGGCAUAUUUGAGUUUGUCAACCUUUAAGCAUAUUACAAGCUUGUGAUGUCGUCUUAAUGAAUUUAGAUCUUUUUUGUUUGGUAUCAAUAUUAUAGGUGUUUCUCUCA